AAGGCAGCCAUAAUAUGUACGCAAAUUGUCCAGUCAUUCGUCGGACACGAGCAUUUUUCAGCAUUUUUCUACGACAAUUCCAUUUGUUUUUGUAUUUAACGUGAUAAUUCAAAGGGCUUGCGAGAUAAAUAUGUGCCUUGUACGUGUUGUGAAUGAUGACAGGGGCUUUCAUGGCGAAUUAUCGAGUGCUGGGACUAAACUCGUAGUUGUUGACUUCACAGCUACUUGGUGCGGCCCCUGCCAGAGGAUAGCCCCAGUGUUUGAGCAGUUAUCCACUAAAUACCCGAAUGCAGUUUUUUUGAAAGUUGACGUAGACAAAUGUGCGGAGACCGCAGUCAGCCAGGGUGUGAGUGCCAUGCCGACCUUUAUAUUCUACCGAAACCGAACGAAACUGGGUAUGUGUCAGGGCGCAAAUUCCGAGGCCCUCGAGAACAAGAUAAUCGAGUACUAUGGUGGUGGUGAUGGGGACGACGAGGGACCUGUUGCUGGACAUAUGGAUUUGAACACCUUCAUCAUGAAGGGCCAGUGCGAGUGUCUGAAUGAGUCUGAUGACCACUGCUUGGAGCACUGUUUGACUGCUGAGGGUGGCUUCCUCGAGAGCGACUGCGAUGAGCAGCUCAUAAUGUCUAUAACCUUCAGACAAGCAGUCAAGGUUCACUCCCUGAAGUUCAAGGGCCCCAGUGACAAAGGACCGAAGAACAUCAAGAUUUUCAUCAACCAGCCAAGGACCAUCGACUUCGAUAUGGCUGACUCCAACACCAGCGUCCAAGAUCUUGAACUAACAGCCAAAGACGUGGAGGAGGGUAAUCCGGUGCCCCUUCGUUAUGUGAAAUUCCAGAAUGUGUUGAAUCUGCAGAUCUUCGUCAAGGACAAUCAGGGAGGAGCUGAGACCACCCAAAUCGAUCAUCUCUCGAUCAUUGGUUCGCCAAUCUGCACCACCAACAUGGGGGACUUCAAGAGAGUAGCUGGAAAAAAGGGAGAGAGCCACUGACACCCCCUCUCCAUUAUCACAAUUUUCCAUACUAUUAAUUAAAUAUUAUUUGUGCAUCGAAA